UGAGUGUAUAAGCGCGUCUGACGUUUUAAACGUCAAUUUUACCGUCAACCUUUUCACUGUUCCACGCUAAGAGUGUAUCGUCGACUUUUUGGCGAGAGUUUCUGCGUAAAUUGGUGGUGUGAGUGUGCAACUUUGGAAAUUUUAAAACGGCCUUUCGCGUCAUUUUUCUCAUCUGCGACGUGUGAGUUAACUUUUGCGACUACUGCAGCGCUAGAGAGUUUACUUUAAAAAUUUCGAACGCACAAUAAAAGCGAAAGAAUACACGCAUAGUAAAAAAUCUAUGCUCCCAAUGUUUUCGUUCGUACAUUUGCGAGAUUGCAUUGAAUUUCUGUUUUUUUUUUGCUUGGAAGUUAUACGAAGGGGUGAACCCUCAAAUCAUCCCUUCCACAGUUUAAACUAAAAAGCGAAUGAACGAAGAAAAUACAUUCAAGAGGACAGUGGUGCGGUGAAACGGGUUGUUGCUGCUAUUGUGUAGCAUUACGCGAGACGCGUAUCCUUUUUUACAUCAAAUAAGAUGCAUACUCAAACGCAAUACUACUUGUAUGUAUUAUAGAGGUUCUAUGACAAGCACAAUUUUACAUGCCGCACACUUCUAUUCGUACCAGUUCCACCAAGUCUUUAUACAAACAAUUUUGCCGGAAUACGAGCGCUCAACUGAUUAACGUAUAUGUAUAAGCCCGUUAGCACGGAACGAAUUCGUUUUCCAUUUCGUCUAUUUUGUUCUGUUUCCUUUCCCGUAUCCUCAUGUCUAAGUGACAGAUUGGACGGUUCGCGGUGCCUUUGGAUUUGUGUUUUGAUUUUAAAGUUAAAAGUAGCUCCUGGCUCCUACUAAGAAAGGCUUACAUUCGACAGAAAAAAAUCUAUUGUAUAACUAGAACAACUUUGUCUGCUUGUCUUAAUUAUAGACUUGCUUUAUUUAAUAUAAAUAAGUACGAAAUCAAAAAAUACCAAUAUGGAUAACAACGAAGACUCAGUUGAAUGCCCACUUUGUAUGGAGCCCCUUGAGGUCGAUGAUUUGAACUUCUUUCCUUGUACAUGCGGGUAUCAAAUAUGCCGAUUCUGCUGGCACAGGAUACGCACCGAUGAGAAUAAACUUUGUCCUGCAUGUCGAAAGGAAUAUACGGAGAAUCCUGCGGAUUUUACGCCUCUAACUCAAGAGCAAAUUUUGGCAUUCAAGUCGCAGAAGAAACAACGCGAUCAAAAGCGUAAGCAAAAAGUACGCGUGACUGAAAACCGCAAGCAUUUGUCAAAUGUCAGAGUGGUGCAAAAGAAUUUAGUAUUUGUAGUUGGCUUGCCGCCACGAUUAGCCGAUGCUGAGGUACUUAAGAAGCACGAGUACUUUGGCAAAUAUGGUAAGAUACAUAAAGUUGUGAUAAAUCCAAGUACUGCAUAUGCUGGGGUUCAGGGUCCGUCUGCUUCGGCAUAUGUCACUUACGUACAAAAUAAUGAUGCUCUGAGAGCCAUACAAAGUGUCAAUACCCGUAAUAUAAUAAUAGAUGGCAGACUUAUUAAAACCAGUUUGGGUACAACAAAGUAUUGCAGUCAUUUUAUGAAGAAUCAAGUGUGUCCCAAAGGCGAUUGUAUGUAUCUACAUGAGUUGGGCGAUCCAGAGGCUAGCUUUACUAAGGAGGAAAUGCAUCAGGGGAAACAUCAAGAAUAUGAGAAACGCUUACAUGACGCAUUAGUUGUGAGUACUAACAGUGGUAAUACGAGCGGUUCAUGUGAAUCAAGUCAAGCAAAUGGUAAUGGUAGCGUGCCUGUGUGGGGAAGUAACGGCGGAGAAAGUAAUCAUGGCAGCGUUAGCAAAAAUAGUAAUACAAAUAAAACAAAUUCCAGUACACCUCCUCAUGCGGCAGCUUCGUCUGAUGUACCGUCACUCUCAUUACUAGCGGCAUCUAACGGGGCUUCGGUAGAAAGCGCAACAGAUCCUUGCCCUAUCUUAUCAGUUUCGCCAGUUAAUAAAGAUAUUUUAGCAGCAAGUUCUGGUGACGGUAAAAAUAAAAAGGAGAGGGGUAGAAACGAAAAAGUUAAAAACGACAAAAGUGCAAAAUCAAAAAAUAAAAAUUGUUCAAACGAUGUCAAUAAAAGUUACGUUCUUAAUGCACAGCGUGAAAAUAGCAGUCAUAACAGUGAUGUCAAAGAUAGCUCGGAAUCGUCAUCUGCUGAUGGAAAUGCGUCAAUAUUCGAGAGCCCCGUCCAAGAAGGUAACGUUACCCCAAAUAAUAUGAGUUGCAAUACCAUAAAGGGCAAAAUAAGUAAGCCAAAGGCUUCAAGGAAAAAUUUCAACGAAAGCGACAUUAAACCAAUUGAGGAUUCUCAAAACAAUUUUGGUGGAAAGGAAAGUGAGAAGGGGGUAAGUGAAAGUAGCAGUAAUAUAAAUAAAACAACAGAACCAUUCGAAAGUCCAGAAGUAUCAGGAAACGAAUUAACUGAUACCAAGAAGACUGAAAAUAGCGAAGGAGAAGAAUUUAUGGCGGAUAAAUCAUUUGAAGACACUAAUUUGAAAUCCGAGGAAAACGAAAAUCUGGUUAAUACAAAACCAGCACUUUCACAACUUAAUCCAUUCGACAACAGCACAACUCUGCAGAAUCCAAACUGUUUAGAAGACAAGGUCGAAGACUUGUCAAAUCAAAUGAAUAAUGUAAAAAUAUCACCAUUGCCAGAUUUAUUAAAGGGCAUUGAAGAGCAACAGUUUCAACAAGUACACCCACAUCAACAGAAAGAACUGGCACGCCUACUCGAAUUACACAAACAAAAUAGUUUAUUUGGCAAUUUGAAUUUAUUACAACCUAAUGUACCACCAAGUGGUGUACAAAAUCAUUUCGGCAGCUUAUCUGAGAUUGGGCAAUCACCACUGACAACUUUGGAGCAUGCAUCAGAACUUCUCUUGAGUCAAAAUCUCUAUGGCAUAAAUAUGUCGAAAUUCUUUGAUUUUCAUAAGAAUCAGCAAUUACAGUUGCAGCAACAUUGUGGAAACAAUGAACAGCCUCUUUUGAAUGGAAGUAAUACUAUUUUAGAAAAUACCUCGAAUUCUUAUCAGUUUAUGCAACACUCGAGUCUAACGAAUUUGCAGCAGCAACAACAACAACAACAGCAGCAACAUCAACAGAACCAGCAAAAACAUCGGGCUCUUGGUCAACUUGACUCAAUGUUGGCGUUGCAACAACACCAUUCUGCCAUACAGACCCCACAACAUACUUUGCUGCAAAAUCACAGCCGAAUGCAAAAUGAAUUUUCCAGUAAUGCUUUUGUUGACGACGAAUUGGGCUUCGAUCCGUUCACAGAAACUCAAAAGGGUUUGGCUGAGCUGAUGGAAAAUGAAAUAGUUAAAUCACAGCACUCUAAACCCAAUUGCAAUAAUAUUCUUGUAGGCGCCGAUUCCAAUAUGAUGCAUCAACACCCACUACAACAUCAACAUAACAUUGAUAAUAUGCAACGUGCUCGUAUGCCGCCACCGGGCUUUAAUCAUAUGAAUUCGUUUGGAUUUAAUGCACCGCGGGAGCACAAUACAAGCAAAAUUAUGCCAUUCCUAAAUAUGGCAGGAGGUAAUAGAGGACAUUUAAAUGAUAUUCCACAUUUGUCCGUUUUUAACACUUGGGAUUCACAUUUGCAAUCGCCACGCCAUCAAUUACCAAACUUUAGUGAAAUGCAGGCACAUCAAAAUAAUCGAAGUGCUGGUAAUUUGGGCAAUGACUGGACUGCGAUGGAUCCGGCCAUACUAUCUUUUCGACAAUUCCCAUCAUGCCCUCAACCAUCUCAAAUGCUUCAUCAUCAUCAACAAAAGGAUUUGUUUGCUCCACAUUUGGCACAACAACAGCAGCAAACCAAUUUUGGCAACCUAACUCAUGGCGGUGCAAAUAUUCACAUGCCAAAUAACCAGUUGAGCUCCCAGUCUGUCGCUCAAGCGCAGGUUAAUGCUAAUGUCCAGGGGAUGUUGGAAUAUCUAAAAAAUAAUCAAUUAUUUUAAGCGACUGGAUAAUAUAUCAAAAUUGUAAAACUAUUGCUUUAAAACAAUAAAUCUAUCGCUUGCUUAUCUUUUCUUGAUUUAAUGGAUUAAA